UUUUUUCUUUCUUUUUUUUUUUUUCUUUGAAAUUUUUUUCAAUGAUAAAUGAAGAAAAGGACUUGAUCCAAAUAAAGCAAUUUGGAAAUAAAUACUUUAUAUUUAAUGCUCAUGAUGUAAAAAAAUUGCGAUGUGAAUACCGUAUUGUAGGUGCACUAAACGGCACCUUACCUUCAUUUCCAUCACAAAACACUUUUUUUGGAUUACCACUCAUAUUAUUACAAGAAGAAGUUGAGUUGUUGUUAAAAAAAGGCUGGGCAACUUUGAUUACUUCAUCUCGCUCUUUGCCUCCUACAUCAACAUCAAGUCGAGCCAUCAUCUUUGAUCAUUUUUGGUCGAUGGGCUUUUAUUUAACAAACGGCAUCAAGUUUGGUGGCGAUUUUGUAUUAUAUAGUAAUGACCCCAUGUGUGUUCAUAGUGAUUACAUUGUAUCUGUUAAAGAGCCAAAGGAGAUCAUUUUGCCCAUUGACAUCAUAGCGGCAGGAAGAGUGGCGACUAAUGUGAAAAAGAUAUUUGUAUUUGCUUCUGUUGUCGAUGAAGAUCAAGUAUUUUCUUAUUCCAUUGAAUGGGCUGGAUUUUAGAAAUAAUACAAAUGGAUGAUUGUAUAGUGUAUAUUAUAUGAAUUGUUUCACAGCAACUUGUCAUCAUCUUUUUUUUUUUUCAAAGAGUAAAGUAAAAUAGUUUAUUACGUAAUAUUUUGUAUAAUGAAUAAAGUACAUUAUCUAUAACGUUGUAAAGAAGGUAUUUUUAAGAGAAAAAGGGAUAUUCAUGUUAAAGAAGAGCAUUUAUAUCAUAC